AUGGCCGUCGACGCCUUACCUCCGAUCGCGAGUCUUAAAAUUCCUACCAUCAGCAAGUCUUCGAUCGACAAAGCCCUAUUUUCGAAGGCCGAAUCGCUGAUCACAGACUACAACGCUGCCCCAGACAUCCUCAAGUCACCAGCAACGACCCGCGCUCUCCUCCUCGAGAUCAUCAAGCCGCUCUUCAGUACCACUCAGCAUCCGUCUCUCGCCCCUUCCGGCCGCAAAGCAGCAUUUGCUCCACCGCCCUUGCUCCCUCAUGCAUCCUCGCCACUAGUCUUUGGCGACGAGAACCAGCCUCCCUGGAAACGCAACUUCUCGACGCUGACUGCACCAUUACUACGUGCUAUCAUCAGCAGCUAUGCCUACAUCUCCAGCGACAACCAGCGAGCCGUGCUCGAAGACCAGAUCUUCCUCCUGACACCCGCCCUACUCAACCUACUCGACGAUGGAACACCUAACAUCAAGACCACCGGCUUCGACCUUCUACACGACCUCAGCAAGCUACUUUCGGAAGCGAAAUCACCAAUCCUACACAAAAGCGGCCUCACAGAAGUCUUCAUCAACGCCCUCGAGAGCGACUUCAUGCUGCUCCCCACCCUUACACCAGAGGCCGAAUCCCUCAACAUUCUAGGCAGUCUGUACCCAGCCCUCCUCGCCCUAAUCGCCGCAGGGUUCCCAGAUCUGCCAUCCGCCCCAUCACUGCGAUAUCCCAGCGACCCCGUCCACGCCAGAGCUGAAGCGGCCCGUCAGAAACUCCUCACGUCUGUCGUCCUGAACAAAGGCAUCCUCCCCAGCCUAGCCCACCUCAGCGCUGGCGUAGCCACAAGCCACCCACCCAUCGUGGCGCUGCUCCUCGAGCAGCUACGCAUCACGAUAGAGAGAAUGGGCAUCUACUCUACGUCACACCUGCAGACCAUCCUGCCCUUGCUUCGUGGGAUCGUUGCCGAACCGUUCAGCAUGGCCGCGCCACGGAUGGUGUGCGCUGCGAUCGAUUGUCUGGACGCACUGAUAACCACCUGUCCCCAACGAAUACGAGAGCAUUGGUGGCCGGAAAUACUGCGCGCACUCAUCGGCGGCUGGCUCGCGGUGCCAGACGAGGUAGAGUGUAACUCGCUAGGCGCCGCAACAGGAACUUCUGCCGCUGGUCCUGCAAUGAACGAUAUCAAGAAGAACGUAGAGAACGUCACACAGACACUGCGGAAUGCAAUGGUCCAGACGUCAGCUGGAAAAGCGUCUUGGAGCGAAGCAUGCGCAGCGCUGAUCGAGGAGGAGCCACUGCUGGCCCCCUUAUUAUUGAGACCAUAG